AUGUCAAACAAGUGUUUUGUGAAGGUGGAACUAGGGUUUGCCUACUUCCAGGAAAUUCCUUCGCCUUCAACUUUGCUCAUUCAAGAUGAAGAUAGAUCAAAAGAAAUUUUAUUGAUCAGUAACAAUAACGAGUACAAAGUCAGUGGCUUCAUUAAUAAAGACUGGACACACGUGAGGAUUGGUGGUAACAAUUGGUAUGAAUUUGUGAAGGCUCACAAAUUAGUUCUCAAUCAGGUACUCUACUUUAUUGUGAGGGAAUUAGGGAUUAUGAAUGUUUUUGUGUUUGAUAAAAAUAAUGUUCUCAGCAACAGUCCAACACCAAAUAUGACAUGGAAUCACAUCAACAACAUCAAAGUUCAAAUGGUUCUACCGGUUGGAUUAAGUAGUUGUAUUAUAGAAGAUCAUGCAGAUAACUUUGGUUAUUUUUCAAACUGGUCGAUUGUCUGUGGGGAGCGUACAUAUAUCAAUCAAAUAGCAUAUUCUCCUCAUGAGAAUCCUGCAAGAUUGGUUGUAAUUGGUUAUCAAUGGGAUAAACUUUUAAAAGACCACGCCAACAUGGAGAUAACCACUGCCAGCAUAAAGCCAUUGUAA